AUGCGAUCAUUCGGUGCACUUCUUUAUCAAACCAACAGAUUUUUGUCCCACCAUUUCAAGUGUCAUAAGCAGCACCAUAACUGUCACAGGAUGUCUGAUCUGACAGAGAAUCUCUCCAUACCAAAGCCAUUGAUUGCUGUUUGCCAAAUGACAGCUACUGCUAAUAAAGAAGACAAUUUUACAAUAUGUAAAUCACUUAUUGAAAAUGCCAAGUUCCGAGGAGUACAGAUGGUCUUUCUUCCUGAGUGUUUUGAUUAUGUUGGAAAAUCUUGGAAGCAGUCUGUGGAAAUGUCAGAAGAUUUGGGUGGAGAUUUAAUAUCCAGAUACAGAGCUUUAGCCAAAAAACAUAUGCUGUGGUUAUCUCUUGGAGGAUUUCACCAAAAGAAUGACUCAAAAACUGUAAAAAAUACUCAUGUGUUAAUUGAUAGUAAUGGUGAAAUAGCAGGUAACUAUGUAAAGUUGCACCUGUUUGAUGUUGAUUUAAGAGAGACCAAACUGCAUGAAAGUGAUUAUACAUACCCUGGUCAAGUAAUUACCCCACCAAUUGAAUCUCCAGUUGGCAAAAUUGGGCUCAGCAUUUGCUAUGAUCUUCGUUUCCCAGAAUUAGCAAUUGCAUUAACAAAACAAGGAGCUCAAAUACUGACUUACCCUUCUGCAUUUAUGGAACCCACUGGAGUGGCACAUUGGGAGUCAUUGCUGCGAAGUCGUGCCAUUGAGAACCAAUGUUAUGUUGUAGCUGCUGCCCAAGUGGGUAAACACAAUGAUAAGAGGUCAUCGUAUGGUCACACAAUGGUUAUUGAUCCUUGGGGCACAAUUAUUGCAGAAUGCAGUAAAGGAACAGGAAUGUGUUUGGCAGAAAUUGAUCUUGAUUUAUUGGAAAAAGUUCGUAGAGAAAUGCCUGUGUGGAAUCACAGACGAUCAGAUUUAUAUGGACAAGUUCUUUCUAUUUGUAAAAAACCUGCAAUGAAAAUAGAUGAUCAACCAUAUUAUCAAUUUGGUCCUAAACAAAUUUAUUCUAACCAGGUCUUCCUUCGAACUGAAUUGUCAUUUGCUUUCGUCAACAUAAAACCAGUUGUACCUGGACAUGUCUUGGUCAGUCCAUUCUCUCCAGUGGCUCAUUUCAAAGAUUUGAAUCAAGAACAAAUUUCAGAUUUAUGGUUGACUGCCCAAAAGGUUUCAACUGUUGUUAAGAACCAUUUUUCUGGAACAGCCCUGACCUUUGGAAUUCAAGAUGGCAAAGAUGCAGGACAGACAAUUCCUCAUGUUCAUCUUCACAUUCUGCCAAGAAGACCUGGAGAUUUUUCUAACAAUGAUCAAAUUUAUGAAAAGAUCCAAGCCAAUGAUGAAAAUUUAGGAGGAACCAAUUUGCGAAGUUUUGAACAAAUGGUAAAAGAAGCCAGUGAAUUACGAAAAUAUUUUCCUGAAAAUUUUAGUUGA